AUGAAGUUUGCGGAUGUUAAGAAGAUGGCUUCAUGGCUUUUGGAUGCAAACUGGCAUCUUCUCAGUACCUCCAGUAACAUGGGAAAUAUUCUGGUCAUUGUUGUCAUUGCCGCAACUAAAGGGUUUCACUCAGUGACUUCACUUUUCAUUAUCAACUUGGCUAUAAGUGACUGCCUUGUAGGCCUGGGUGUAAUGCCCUUUGUAGCGUUAUCCCUUCUGUACGAUGACUGGAGCAAUAUAAAUGAACUUUGCUUGUUUGUGGGUUACGUCUCAUCUGUAUACUGCACUGCUUCAGUCCUAAGCGUGGCAGCAGUGUCCUUGGACCGCUACUGGGCAAUAGUGGACUGCCUGAAAUAUGACAAUCCAUGGACAACUCAGCGGUCACUGUGCAUUAUCAUAUGGAUCUGGGUUCAGGCUGCACUUACUUGCUGUCCUCCCUUGUUAGGAUGGAGUCGGCUGGUGUAUGUUCCUUCAAAGUACACUUGUACCAUAGACUGGGCCAACAGCACUAGCUAUGCACUGUUUUUCUCUGCUGUGUCCUUUUUCUUACCGGCGUCCAUGCUUAUUUACUGUUACAUAAGGAUAGUCAUUAUAGCUAUAAUGCAUGCCAAAAAAAUCAGGAUUUUAGAAAACCAGCUGCAAAAAAAUUCACCAAGGAAGAAAAUUGCUGAUGUGGAGAAACCAACGUGUUCAAAAUUAAUUUAUAUUGUGAACUGCAAACUUUUAACAGACCCUCGUUCUUGUGACAGUCAGAGCGUCUGCAGCUUCAAUCCAGAUUGUCUAAAAAACAUAAAGAGAGGUUUGUUUGCUGAAAAUGAUUUCUAUGGAAGGGAUCGCAGUGGCCGCCUACGUGUUAUCUUCAUGGUUGUUGUGUUCAUAUGUUGUUGGGUGCCUUAUAUGAUUAUAAAUAUAAUUCAGGCUGUAGGAGCCACAACUUUACAAAAGACCACCGACAUAUCCUCGCCAGUCCUUACUACAACCUAUUGGCUUAUGCUACUAAAUUCAGAUUUAAACCCAUUGUUAUAUGCUUUGCUAAGCAAACGGUUUCAAAAAGCAUUGAAAGUUCUUUUAAGGAAAGUUUGCAGUAGAGUUUCCUUAGAAAAUGUCCCCCAUUCAUUGCAACGCCGAAGGACAAGUUCUAACAUUACAGGCAUCUCUCAUAUCCACUGCUCCAGUGACCAACAUAAUCCAGGAGAAAACUCAGCUGCUUCUACCAGCCCUGUUCCUAGCAGGCAUAGUAGUCAACAGGAUGAUGAAGCCAUCCCUGGCCAGUUUCUUGAGUACAAUCAACUUAGUGUCCCUCCUAAUGAAACGCACAGAGUAACUGAACACAGUUGUGUUUUGAACCCCAGAGAUCUACCACAUCAAUUUUUGCAAGUGCCUUCUUCCACAUCUUACCAAAUCAGACUACCUACAGUCCCUUCCGGCAAGAAGUCAACAUUGGUUUGUGGAAAUAUAACCAUCAAGGUUAGCUAUGAAGAUAACUAG